CUAAUCUUUAGAAUGUGAUAAUGCUAGCUUUGGUGAUAUUUCGUAUUCUCAAUUUUAUUGCUGCAAGUUUCUUCAUUUUGUCAGCAUUUGUACAAUACAAUGACCCAUAUCCUGAGCUAUGGAUUCCAGUAUAUCUGGCUCCUGCUAUCAUUUCUGGAUUAAUUGGUUUUAGGCUGUCACUAUCUGGAUCAAAAUUCAUAAAAGUUUUUGACUUUGGAUAUAUUUUCUUUGGAACUAUUUUAUCUGCCCAUUUGUUCCAUCAAAGCUAUCAGGAUAAUUUCAUCCACUGGGUGGUGCAUGAUGAAGGGGGGAGGGAGUUUGGCGGACUUGUGAUUGUUAUAUUUUGGAUUAUUUUUAUGCACGAAACAUCACAUUUAUCUGUGAAGAAUUGGUUAUCGUCGGUUUUUAUAUGGAUUCCGAUUGCAAUGUGGAUUUAUGUUUAUAACAAUCAAGAAUAUCGUGAACUUUGGCCUCAACAUUGCCAGACUGCUCUUUAUCCGGAAAGUUAUCCUCCAAGAGAGGAAGGCUGAUAAGACAACUUGACAAUUUUUGUUAUAAGAAAAUUUCUCUAAGUAAGGUUAUGCACACGAAGUCAAAAGUAAAAGAGGUCUUUUUAGAUAAGUUACAGGCGACCACAGAAGUGUCAAGAGCUGUUGACAUGGUAAAGAUUUAUAUUAAUUAACUAGAUUUUAGUAAAUACCAAAUGACACAAGGCUUGAAGGAGCUCAAUAUAACUAGAAAAACAGUUGAUAAAUUGGAGUGUACUAAUACUGACGUCCGCCAGGUUACCAUAAAUCUGCCACUACUUUAGGAAAGAUAUUCAAAUGUCUUAUAAUAUACCAGCAUGGUCCCAAAAGCAGGAUAUGAGAAGUCGGUAAAUCAUAAUGAUUUGAGCAUAAAGCGUUUGAUUGAACAUUUUACUACUUGAUUUUUAGGAUAGAAUAGAAUUUACAUAUUUAUUCCCUUGGGAAAGUCAUUUCCGUAUGAAAGUCAGUCCGACCAGUGCCUAACGUUACGUGAACCACCCUACGGCCGUGAGGAGUCCAGCAAUCCUCUCGUACAUACUUAUCCCUCACAGAGGAUUCGAACCUGCGGUCUUGCGCAAGGUAAUCAAAGGUGCGGUGGCGGGCAUAUUCCCAAUAUUAAGCCUGAUGCGAUACAUUGUCCUGUUCUCUUUUAAUUUAAUUUUAUGACAAAAAGUAAGACUUUAGUUUGAGAGAAAUUAGCUAUACAUUUUAAGUUGUAUUCUGAACACCUAUGACAAAUUCUACAUGGCUAUUUAUAUUUGUUUUAUUCCUGUCAUAUUUAGCCUUGAAUUACAGAGUCGAUAGUUAGAAAUAUCAGUAAAAUGCCUCUCGAAAUUAAAGUGAAGACUAAUGGACAUGCAAAUAGGAUUUUACAAGACUUGAACAGAAGCAGAAAGGAAACUCGUGUUCAUUGUGAUUUCAUGAUCAUAGCUGGCUCUGAAGAAAUCCCAGUUCAUAAGAAUAUUAUAUCUGUAGGAUCUGAUUAUUUCAGAGCAAUGCUGGCUCAUAAUAAUGCUGAGACAGCGUCUGGUAAAGUGGAAAUGAAAGAAGUUGAUCCACUAUCACUGCAACAAUGCGUAGAAUAUAUUUACACUGGUGAAUUGUCUACUACUGAUGAAAAUGCUGAAUCUUUGAUGUACGUGGCUGAAUUACUACAGUUGAAAGAUGUCGGCAGAGGUAUCGUUGAUUCACUUGAAGAAAAUCUCGAAGCAUCUACAGAAUCAUUCUUUGUGACAAAAAGAAUCGCAAACCUGUACAAUUACAAAGAAUUUAUGCAAAAAUGCGAGAAGUUCAUGCUGGAUAAAUUUGGAGAAAUUGCGGUUCUUGAUGAGUUCAAAGAAAUAGAGGAAAAGCAAUUUGUUAGAUUGAUCAAGUCACAAGAAAAUAAGGCAUCAGAGAGUGUUAAGCUAAAGGCGUUCAUAUCUUGGAUAAAACAUGAGCAAAUAAAUCGCAAAAAACUUCUGAAGAAAUUGAACAACUACAUUGAUUUGCAUAAAGUACCGGUGACUUAUAGAAGAUUUCUUGUUGAAAACGAGCCAAUGGUAAAGUCAUGUCCUGAAUGCUAUCAAGCUCUCUGUAUCUCUGUGAUGGAUAGCUUAAACGUUGAUGCUUCAGAUAUUCACUCUGCUGAGAAUAUAAAACAAGAACGAAAGGAAGCAAUUGCUGUAUUUGAUGAAAACUCAAAGAGCCUUCAAUGCUUUAAUCCUCGGAAUAAUACUUGGACAAAAAUGCAGAACCUACCUGGAUCAGAAUUACUCUUUUCUGCUGUGGCUCUUGGUGACUACAUUUAUGUUCUAAUGGGAGAUCAAUCUGUCCAUCGACUGAAAUACUCAGAUCAUGAAGCUACUUGGGAGAGAAUGAAUGAUAUGAUGUAUAGCCAUGGAAAUUGUCCUCCUGUUGCUGUUUUGCCUGGAAACCUCUACGUUGUUGGUUCUUUCGGUGCUUUCUCAAGUUACUCAAAAUCAGUUGAAAAGUUCGAGCCAUCAAGCAACAAAUGGGAAAAAGUAAAAGACAAAAAUCUCAACAGUCGUAAUUCAACAGCGCUGGGUGCUGGAGGUUGUAUAUACAGCAUUGGUGGCUAUAUAUCAGGUCGUUACACCAACCAAGUAGAAAGAUUUGACCCAACAUCAUCAACUUGGUCAUUUGUUGCAUCCAUGAAUGAGGCAAAGGGAUGGGUCGCAGCAGUUGAAAAUGAAGGAAAAAUAUAUGUUCUAGGUGGAUGGGCAAACGGUCACUUGACAACAGUUGAACGAUAUGAUAUUUCAACGAACGUGUGGUCCACGGUAACUCCCAUGUUAACGAAGCGGAGCUGGUUCAGUGCUUUUGUGAUUGAUUCAAAUAUUUAUGCAGUUGGAGGAAAAAACAGUUCACCAGGAAGCAUUGAGAAGUUUGAUUUCACGAAGAAUCAAUGGGAGAUGAUUGACAUAAAGAACAUGAAUCUGAAGAUAGUCAAUGCAGUGAAGAUUAAUUUGAAGUGAUUUAAUUGUAUGUGACCGAGAAUAGUUAGUUACCAUUAAAGGACAUACCUGUAGUUUAUGUUUUAAUCUUACCAUUAUGAAAUUGUGUGAUAGAUAUUUGACAUUCGAUGGGCACUUGUGUUACCACUCAAUAAAUUAUGUAUACUUCUAUAAUGAGUUCCUGCAUUACUUAUUGUAAUUAAUGUAUAUAGUUUCCUUAAAUAAGUAAUUGUUCAAUGACUUUGCCCAUAAACCUCAACUCACUGGACAUAGCUAUGUUUACAACUGAUGUAGAGAGAAUGUAUUUUGAAUGGUUUGAUUGUAUUCAACAUCCUAUAAUUGUUUGUAGCAUUUAUAUGAGAAUUCCGAUUAUAACAGUGUGACAGAAUUGACUUCCACUUAAAAAAAGAUUCUUGGUUGAUGUACAUUUUGACUCCUGCUCUCGACGACAGAAAAACAGAGUUUAUAAACCUUACAUUAACACCAACUCCUCAGCUCUGAUUUAGCUUGCUUAUCAUUUAAAGUUAAUUUUUAGCAAAUUGGAGUGGGAUUCUAUAUCCUUGUUAUGCAAAAUUUGUCACCAAAUAUCAUUGGAAGCGAGUGUUAUAUACAGCCAGUGGCCAGUAAAAAUUAAAUUGAUUUAUUAAUCCCAUUCAGUUUUUAAUGCCAUUGGAUAUUAUCUGGGUAUUAUAUAUUGUCUCGUGCAUUCUUCAAGUGGUUUCUUAUUCAAAUAAUUUACUUAUCAUUUAUUGAUUAAAGUGUAUGAAUGAAAUGCAAUUUAUAUAUUAGCAGAUGCCUUUUUCCGCAUAAUAUAAUAUAUUCAUUAUAGUUUUCCAAGUUCGUCUUUAUUAUCCAGUGCAUUGAUGCUUCAAAUUAACCCUUUUUCAAUGCUAUCUGCAAAAUACUUAUAAUCCGCAGUAUUCGUAUUUGUAUGUUUGUUGUGGGAACUAUGGUACAUAAUGAAUUUAGCUUUCAAUAUAUGAUAAUGAUUUAAAAUAUUUUCAUAUUUGCUGUAUAUUUUAUCGCUUAUAUGCAAUCAACACUUUACUACCAUGCAUCUAACGCUGAAUUCAAUUCUUCAUUUUUUUUUUAU